AUGGGUGCUACCAACAUUUUCUUGGAACUCGUAGUCAGAAGAAACCCUAGAUUAGGGUAUCCGAAUGUGAACUCGGAACCACCACCAUUGGACCAGCUCUACUUUUUCCAAAGAGGACCCAUGAGCAACGGAGAGCUACCAACGAUAACGGUUGAUCUGGUCCUUGAUCGCCUGACCGCAAAAGACGUCCUCCAUGGUGUUCUACACGCCAUUCUAUUUCAUCGUCUUUUUGGGACUAUCAAGCCCCAAACAUUCGAGGUUCUAGAUGUUACAAUGCCGGGGGUAUCGGAUUCUGAUACAGAACGACUAGUGAGCGAAAAGGUCGAUGCAUUUUGGAGAGGAAUCGAAGGCGGUGCGAGCAAACGAGGAAAUAUCACCGUCACAAUCGCGGAGAGGAAACCAAAGAAGAAUUGGUUCUCGAUGGGCGAGGAGGAGAUUCCAUGGGAGCAAUGGGUAAUCAAUGCAGAGUUAAGACAGCCCAAAACAGAACGAGACCGGCAGACUUUCCAAGCAAACCUAGCAUCGACACUCACGAAUGCCAUCGAAACCAUGAUCUCCUACACCUCUUCCGAACGUGGUCGGGCAGUGGUUCCACCAAUCACUGACUCUUCGACUAUAUCCCCUUUCCCAUUCAAAGUUCUGGUCAAAGUCGGUAACCAGGAAGUAGGUUAG